AUGGCCCGCAACGAAUCCACACUAGGGCAGGGAGCAAGAAUCGCGUCGUCAACAGCUAUAGUUGAGAAAGUUACGGUCUCACCAAGAGUUCGCCCAGGAGAUCUGAAAAAACAGCCAUUGGAGGUCCAUCUUGACCUCAAUGUGCUCGAGCCCUUGUACGGUCUUCGGCAAGAGGAGGCGGCUGAAAGACUUGGCAUUUGCCUUACAAGUUUGAAGGCUGCCUGCAGGAAACUCGGCUUGAGACGAUGGCCAUACAAGAAAGACAAAUUAUGCAUCUCACAGACAGCCCAAUCUAACUCUGUCAGCACUGGAUCCAAUCAAUGUUUUCCAGAACUUGGUCAAGUAGACAAGGCUCCUCCUCAGAUCCCGCCCGACACCAACUUGAGCCUUCAAGGCGAUGGCGCAGAUGAGGAUGACGGUGACAAGCCAAUCAGUUCUGGAUGGAUAGGAUGGUAUCUUAAUUCGAACGAUCAAGAUCCAAUCAUCUAUGACAGCGCAUUUCAAUCUUCAGGAAUUUGA